AUGCACUCAAUCGCACGCGCGCAUGUGUGGCAGAAGGAGGUGGACGACCCAUCAGCAUGGGUGCUCGGCAUCAUUGUCUACAGCGACGGCACGAACGCAACGCGCAACGGGCGCCGUCAGGCAUGGCCCUUCCUCCUUACGCUGGUGAACGUACCGGAGGAGCUGCGAAAGACAGAACCAGGCCAUGCUCUGGCUGGCGUGCUGCCUUUCCCUCCGGAGUGGGCUACCUCUACAGAGAAGGCCCGAGUGUUUCAGGAGGCGAUUCGGAUCAUACUGGCGCCGCUCAUGCUGGAAUCCUCGACCGCUCCACUGAGAGUCUUUUACGUCACCGACGCCAAGGGAGAGCCGGUGAAGGCAGUGCCAUGUUUUUUUGGUUACCCCGGGGACUUCAUCGAACAUUGCAGAGCUACGGCGACGCUGCAAACGGGGACGAAGCGGCCCUGCUGCAACUGCUACGUCCCGGAAGAGCUUCUUCGAUACCUCGAGCAUGUGGCCACACCUCGGACAGUGGAGUCGGAGAUGCACGUGCUACGCAACAUGCUUGCGUGCAAGACCUUGACAGCUGCGGAGGAGAUUCAGACCGAGUGGUCAACUCAUCCCGUGGAGUGCGUACUCUCGCGGUGGAACUUCUCGCACACGACGUGGGGAAACCCGUUUGGGGCUUGCGCGGCCGACAUCAUGCACGUGCUAGAUUCGGGGAUGGCAUUGCACAUGCUGGAGAAUCACAUAGCGGUGCUAAGCAAGCCUGAGCGGCGUGAUGUUGAGAGGCGCAAGAAGACAACCAAGGGAGAGACCCCGAGUGUCAUCUUGCGACUCCCUGGAGGCAGCUCCUACUUCAUGAGCGGCGCGAACUAUGCCGCCUUUGAACACCGCAGCAUGAUGCAGGUCAUGCCCAUCCUGGUGGCGGACAAGUCAGCCCUGCGUUCGGGAAAGGAAGGCGAGUUGGCCGCACUGCGCGUGCGUGCCUUCCGGAUGUACGCCACCUUCUACAAGGCAUUUCUGGGGGUCAGCGCACACACGGAGGCCACGCUCGCAACCGCACGGGCCCACGCCAUCAAGUUGGUGGAGAUCCUGCCACAGGCAUACCCGGACCACGCAUCGCAUUGGCGCUUUCCCAAGAUCCACCUGAUUGUCCACUUGCUGGACAAUGUGAUCUGGCGCGGCAUGCCGCACCACUACAGCACGGAGAUGUGGGAGCAUACCCACAAGGGGAUGGUCAAGAACCCCAUCAGGGGCGGCAACUGGAAGGACAUCCCCAGACGCAUCGUGGAGGAGGAGGUGCAGAGGGAGAUCUGCAGGGAGGUGGCACAGGACGCGGGUGGUGGGCGACAGUAUGCGACAGCGCUGCGCGAGGGCGUGGAAACGAUGAAACCCGUGCUCACGAGGAAGGGUCGCACAAUGCGGCCGGCGGAGGAGGGCGACGCUGUGAUGGGAACCUACCGCACGGCACUGGGCCACCUCAUGGAUGCGCUGCCGGGGAGCAUGGUGGCUGCAUCCAUCACGGCAUCCGCGGUCGUGAAGAACGACAUUCACCUCCCUCUGACCCCCUUCAUGCAGGCCCAUACCGCGGUGGCGAUUCCACGCACCAAAGGAGGAGCUCUGGUCUCCAAAGGCGCGUUCGUCAAGGCAAGCCCCAAAGAGAAGUGGUUCACGGACUUUGCAGUGAAGUCUCCCAAGAAGGAGGAGUGGUAUGCCAAGGCGCUCUGCAUCUUCAAGGCUGAGACCGCAGAGGGCGACCGGAAGGGGUUUGUGUACGUGCGGUGGUAUGAGAGGGGAGGCAUUUGCCCUCUCACCACCUGCGUGCAGCUGACCCCGUCGCGCAAGGAUACAAGGCACGCAGUGAUUGCUGUGGAGAGCAUUGAGCGCGUUGUGCACAUUUGUCGCUCGUUCAGCAACCCCGCGGUGUUGCUGCUGAACAAGUUCUUGCUGUGUGAGUGA